AUGGAAUGCCAAGCCGCCUUCGAGAAGUUAAAGCGGCUUUUCGCGGAGGAACCAGUCCUCAAACACCCGGACAUGGACGCAGCUUUUGUGGUUCAAGCUGACGCCAGUGACGUGGCUGUGGGGGCUAUGUUGCUUCAAGCUAAUGGUCAAGUCAGUUUUUCUGGGCCCACAUUUCAAGGCUUUUUGCUAGAAGCUCGCAAUGCUGACCGCUUGGAUGACCCACCCAUUGGUUCUUUUGCAUUAGCUGAUCGGAGACAAUCUCAGCUCCUUAGAUGUGGACAUGUAAAGAACUCAGCUGUUAGUCACACCAGUAAAUCUAAGAAAAACCAUAUGGAUGCUUAUUGGAUUGCUCCUAGCGAUGCGCCAAAGAAAGUACAAUUUCUACUCACAAUUGUACAAAAAUACAUUAUCUACUGGGUAAAAAUCCCUGGUCCUAAGAUUUCUCAAGCAGGUAUACUUCCUUUCACAACAAUAAUGUUUACUAAUUGGACCAUUCCAGCAUCCUUGCCUGUCUCUUCCCUAAGUCAACCAGGUGGUGGUGAUGAUGCAUAUUUUUGCAUUAGUGAAGUUUAUUCUGUUAACAUGAGGACAGCUGCCCUGGUUGGGCGAUCUUAUCCAGACUUUAACUCGAAGAAUGCUUUGGAGAAUAUAACUUGGAGACUGGCUGAUGGCCUUAUCCAGUGUGCUUUCAGAAGAAAAAUUCACCUCCCAGCUUCUACAGGAAGAUAUAAUCUGGAUGCAAACUAUUACAUAUUUCUGGCUGAUGGUGAAAUCAGUACAGAAGGUGAAAUCUACAAACACCAACAACAGCCUUUGAUUACAAAUGGAAAAUACAACAUUCUCGGUCCAUUAAAAGAUAUUGGAGGAUCCCGCUCUCCAUUCCUGAUCAAAAUGCAUGGUGCCCUAAUGUUUGUUGGAUGGAUAACCGCAGUUAGCAUAGGGGUGAUUGUUGCCCGGUUUUUCAAGUCUGUCUGGCCUCAUACUCUACUGUUUGGAGAAGAGAUUUGGUUUCAGAUCCAUCGUUCCUUGAUGAUGAUAACAGUAUUGCUCACAAGCAUAUCUUUUGUUCUUCCUUUUAUAUAUCGAGGAGGCUGGAAUAAA